CGCCUCCUUUCUUUCUAUAAAUUGACUUCUCUAUUCCUUCAAAAACCUCUUCUCUUCUCCUCUCUUUCCCCUUUAGUUAUCAGGAUUUCUUGUUUUUCAGCUCCCUUUGUGCUCUGAGGUUCUGCUGGUUUUGCAUCAGCAAGUAAUUUAGCUAUUCUUGAUCAGUCUUCUGUUCCUCUCUUGUAGGUUUGUGUCUUUUUUGAGUCCUGGUUUUUGAGUUUUCGAGUCCAAAACAGAAACCCCAGAAAGUCAAAAUCUUGAAACCCCAGGAAUUUUUAUUAAUUUCUCGCCGUUACUCUGCCAAAAAUAAAUCUUGUUUUGUCAAAAUCUUGAUGCUGCAGUUUUGGAUCUUAAUGUUUGAGGUUCAUGUCUCCAGUAGUCAGUGAAAUCCUCCGGUCAGGGUUUAUGAUCAAUUCCUCUCUCAGACGCAGAACCCACCUUGUCCAAUCUUUCUCAGUUGUGUUCCUUUACUGGUUCUAUGUUUUUUCAUAAGUGAUCUCUCAAUUCUGCCUGGAUUAUAUUAUAUAGUAAUUAGUUAGAAUAUUUCUAUACAAUUAUCUUAAUUCUCUGGAUAUUAUUAUCACUACCUGGGUCCUGUGUCUUUGAAAUCUGUAAGGUUGGAAUUCUCCGUCCUAUAAAGAUCUCAUUUUUAUUGAGGUUUAUUGUUGGUGGUAGUGUUUUUGGUGCAAAAUAUAGUCUUUCUGUAUCUAUAUGGCAUCCUCUAGUGGGAAUUCCUCAGGUUCCACUCAGCUGCAGAACUCGGGCUCUGAAGAGCAGGUGAUGUUGGUGGAUCAAAGGAAAAGGAAGAGAAUGCUGUCAAAUAGAGAAUCUGCAAGGAGAUCCAGGAUGAGAAAACAGAAGUACUUGGGUGAUCUAACGGCUCAAGUGGCACAGCUAAGGACGGACAAUAACCAAAUCCUUACAACCAUCAAUGUCACAACACAGCACUUCUUGAACGUUGAGGCUGAGAAUUCUAUUUUAAGGGCACAGAUGAUGGAACUGAACCAUAGACUUGAUUCUCUCAAUGAGAUCCUCAAUUAUAUCAACACAAGCAAUGGGAUUUUUGAAAUUGAUCAUCAUGAGGAUCUCCAAACUAGUGCAGAUCAUGGCUUCAUGAAUCCAUUAAAUUUGAUCUAUCAUAACCAGCCCAUCAUGGCAUCUCCAGAUUUGUUUCAGUAUUGAUUAUCACCAUCUCCAUGGGUUGGAAAUUGGUCACUUUAUGGUUUGUCUUCUUCAGGGUCUCAAUGAUUGGAGAGGAAAAGGGAGGGCCAUCUUCCUUUUAUUUUUCUCUUUCUCAAUUAUAUGAUGUUGAAUACUAGGUUAGCUAGGACCUAGAAUGAAAUAAUACUAUGAUAUUAACGAGAAAUUGGUGCGCAUUGAAAAGAAAAAUGUAUCUAAUUUAGGGAAAAUGUGAUUAGUAUUCUGGCUUGUAAUGGGUCUCACUAUAAGUAUGGUGUGCAAGGCCUUGGAUUUGUGUAUCUAUGUGCUCUGUCUUCUGUUAAAUGGUAAAUUAAUUAUGUAAGUUCUCAUAA